ACCAGUAAGCCGCUCGGCGUUUCCUAUGUAACCUGGGGUCUUGCGCAUACAAAUCAAGACUUCCUUGAUGUCGAUCAGGGAAGUAAUGAAUGCUAACCCACCAUUCGCUUAUUUUAAGGACGAAAUCCUAAACUCGCAAUCCGAAAUCAAGGAUGACUUUUAUUGGUGAAAGUGGGAGUACUUCCGAAUAACAGGCAUGGGGUGGAUUUUCAAGGAUUGGUUAUUGUGUCGUAUUUGACUGUUCUGCCGAUGAUUUUUACGCACCAUCUGGGAUUUAUGUGGUUUUAAUGUAAGACGAUAGCAUCAGAGACGACGAUGAUGACAAGCUAAAUGGAGUUACUGGUAACUGGAAACAGACGUUCGUAAUUUAGGCAUGUUGUGCCGUAGAGCUCUCUUCAAAUACUACUGUGGCACAGGCUACGUAAAGCAAAUUGAAGAAAGUGAUUUUUCCUCUAUGUCUUAUUCAUUUUUGCUCAGGUGGUGAGCUAAAUUUUCAGUUCUAUAAUGCAGAAAGUGUAAUAACGACUGUUAGUAACUUAAGUGCGUUUUACACGACUGAUACCUAAAAUGGCAAUAUGUAUACCACCUACUAUGUCAGAUGACAGAAACUGUCCGUUUUAAUGUGUGUCUAAGGCAGUCUGCAUUUACGUUUCAAGGAAGACACGCUCCCCAUCUGUGAGGAGAGCGCAACAUGUAUUUCCUGUAAGAAUCUUUCGGGGAGGGUGAAUUCUACGAUGUAAUAUACAUAUAAUGAAAACAAGCAAAAUUUCAUUUUAAUCUAAACGAAGAAGGUGUGAAGUACAUUAGACCCGGAAAGCUAUUUCGAUAACGUCCGAAUAUUUGCGCGAGUAUUACAUUUUUAUAAGGAUUUAAAGCUUGUUUAUUUGUUGUUGUUGUGUUUUUUAUUAGCCACCUCCGGAUAUAUCGUGUUAAAUUCAAAACAAUCUAUUUAAAUGAGCCCAUCGCUUCCUUCCUGAGUCCUAUGUUCAUUGUCAAUGCGAGGGUUCACCAUGGAAACCUGGAGUGAACGAUGGUGGCGACCUCGAUUGGAUCCCGGGCAGGAGGCAGAGUGACAGAUAUGUAAACAGAAAUGGUGACAGAGACAAAUCUGUUUUAGCUGGCAUUUCUGCCUCCAUGUCGACUAAGCCUUCGGUGGCCUUGCUGAGCCUUUUCCUUGCACAUUUCUGACAGCAAAGGUGUGGAGCUGAGAAUAUUUGGGUACAUCACAGACACCUUUUUGUUCUAACAUUGCACCUGCCAAAGUGUUAAACUUUGUCAUUACUGAAAGGUUCCAGGUUAAUAAACUCUUGGUGUCUGUAUAAAAUAAAUUAAUAAUAUCCAGUUCAUUGUUUAAAAAUGCAAGACAUGACAAUCAGAAGACCACAUUGAAUCCAGUCAUCAAAUGUUCCCCUCAGGUCAAAAGCUUGUUUGAAACAGGAGUUAAGAGGGUAUCAGACAAACAAGCACAAUGUACUUUUAAAGAUUCCGUUACAUAAAGAUUAGCAGGCACAACAAAUCUAUUUUUUUCCCCCUUUUCCUCAAGUAAUAUAUCAGUUCCUCAUUAUGCAUCGGAAUCGGGCCUUCUCUGAGCCAGAGUGCUCAGCAGAGUAUUCAGCAGACUGCUCUGUCACACUGCCGUCCGACCCGGGCCAGGCAGUGGGGCGCACACACGAGGUGACUGUGCGUAGCUCAGGCUGCUGUCUAUGUCUCCCUCGCUUCAUGCGCCUCACAUUUGCUCCAGAGUCGCUGGAGAACCUCUAUCAGACAUACUUCCGCCGGCAGCGGCACGAGACCCUGCUGGUGCUGGUGGUGUUCGCGGCCCUCUUCGACUGCUAUGUGAUCGUCAUGUGCGCUGUGGUCUACACCAGCGACAAGCUGGCCUCUGUGGCCGUGGCGUCUGUAGGCCUCGCUGCUGACGUCUUGCUAUACCUGCUGUGCCGCUAUGGCUUGCUGCCGGAGCGCAUCUCCCGGAGGCUGGUGCCCUAUGCCCUGUGGGUACUCAUAGAAGCCCAAAUCUUCUGCUACCUGGGACUGAACUUUGCCCGCUUCCACCAGGCCAGCGACACGGUGGGAUGGCAGGCCUUCUUCAGUUUCUCCUUCUUCUUGACGUUGCCGCUGCGACUUACCCCCAUCGUGCUCAUCACGGCUGUGUCCUGUGGGGUGCACACCCUGGUGCUGGGGGUCACCAUCGCUCAGCAGCAGCAGGAAGACAUCCAGGGAGCUGCUCUCGGGAGACAGCUCCUGGCCAACAUGCUGAUCUACCUAUGUGCCAUCACAGUGGGGGUCAUGUCAUAUUACAUGGCUGACCGCAAACACCGCAAGGCCUUUCUGGAGGCCAGGCAAUCCCUGGAAGUCAAGCUGAAUCUAGAGGAACAGAGUCAGCAGCAGGAGCGCCUCCUGCUGUCCAUUCUGCCCAAGCAUAUAGCAGAUGAGAUGUUGCAGGACAUGAAGAAGGAGGCCAGUCAGAAAGAGAUGCAACAGUUCAACACCAUGUACAUGUAUCGCCAUGAGAAUGUCAGUAUUCUGUUUGCAGACAUUGUGGGCUUCACCCAGCUCUCCUCGUCCUGCAGUGCGCAGGAGCUGGUCAAGCUACUCAACGAGCUGUUUGCCCGCUUUGAUAAGCUGGCUGCUAAAUACCACCAGCUGAGGAUAAAGAUUCUUGGGGACUGCUACUACUGUAUCUGUGGCCUUCCAGAUUACCGAGAUGACCAUGCAGCCUGCUCCAUCAUGAUGGGCUUGGCCAUGGUGGAAGCUAUUUCCUAUGUUCGAGAAAAGACCCAGACAGAUGUGGACAUGCGUGUGGGAGUGCAUUCUGGGACCGUUCUGGGGGGAGUGCUGGGACAGAAGCGCUGGCAGUAUGAUGUGUGGUCCACAGAUGUGACUGUAGCUAACAAAAUGGAGGCUGGGGGCAUACCUGGGAGAGUGCACAUUUCCCACAGCACUCUGGAGUGCCUUCAUGGUGAAUUUGAUGUGGAGCCGGGGAACGGAGGUGACCGCUGUGAAUACCUGAAGGAGAGGGGCAUUGAGACGUAUUUGGUCGUUGUUCCAAAGGGCCCUGUAAGCAAAAAUGCCAUCAAUGGAGUAAAGCUCUCAAUGACUUCAUCCAAUGGGAGCUCGCCACUGUUGAUCAACACAACAGAGUGCAACGGCAGUGUGCACACAGGCUGCACCACGCCCGAGGAACUCGAGGAGCUGGACACCCGGGUGGUGAACCCCUCAUUUCCAAAUCCUCGGCGGCGGCUGCGAUUACGAGACCUAGCCGAGAGGGUGAUUGACGCUCAGGAAAAUGAACAGGAGCUGAAUAAACUCCUAAACGAGGCUUUGUUGGAGAGAGAGACAGUGCAGGCAUUAAAGGGAAAGUCCACGAACCGACUGUCUCUGCGCUUUGUGGACCCAGAGCUGGAGAUACGCUUCUCAGUGGAGAAGGAGAAACAGAGUGGAGCUGCUUUCAGCUGCUCCUGUGUGGUGUUGCUCUUCACUGCAGUCAUCGAGGUACUUAUAGACCCACGGAUGAUAGCUAACUAUGUGACUCUUGCUGUGGGGGAAGUCUUGCUGCUCAUUCUCACCAUCUGCUCCCUGGCGGCCAUUUUCCCACGGGUGUUUCCUAAAAGACUGGUGUCGUUCUCUACAUGGAUUGAUCACACACGCUGGGCUCGCAACACUUGGGCCAUGGCCGCCAUUUUCAUCCUUACAUUGGCAGACAUAAUAGACAUGCUAAGCUGUCAGGCAGCUCCACCCCUCGAGCCAAACCCAGAGGACGUUUCUCCAGCCUCGGCUGGGAAGGGGGGUUGCGUGGAGAACCCUAAGUACUACAGCUAUAUUUCCGUGUUAGCGCUAAUAGCCACUACCAUGCUGGUGCAGGUCAGCCACAUGGUCAAGCUCACCCUUAUGCUGUUGAUCACGCUGGCCACAGGCGUGGUUAACAUCUACAGCUGGAGAGACAUCUUUGACCAGUACGAUCUAGCCCGCUAUAAAGAUUACAGAGCAUAUCUCGUGCCCUCCAAAUAUUCUGUGACUGUGAUGAUCUUCAUUAUGAUGGUCAGCUUCUACUACUUCGCCCGACAUGUGGAAAAACUGGCCCGCACACUCUUCCUGUGGAAAAUCGAGGUUCAUGAGCAGAAAGAAAAAGUGUAUGAGAUGAGACGCUGGAAUGAGGCCCUGGUCACCAACAUGCUCCCAGAGCAUGUUGCACGCCACUUCCUGGGCUCCAAAAAGAGGGAUGAAGAGCUAUACAGUCAGUCAUAUGAUGAAAUUGGAGUCAUGUUCGCCUCUAUUCCUAAUUUCUCUGACUUCUACACGGAGGAGAGCAUCAACAAUGGGGGCAUUGAGUGCUUGAGGUUCCUUAAUGAAAUUAUCUCUGACUUUGAUAGUCUCCUGGAUGAAUCUCAGUUUCGUUUUAUCACCAAGAUUAAGACCAUUGGCAGCACGUACAUGGCAGCAUCAGGAGUUACUCCUGACAUUAGCACUAAUGGCUAUGUUUGCGUGAAAAAGGAAGAAUUGUCUGAUAGGGAGCGCUGGCAGCACCUGGCAGAUCUGGCGGAUUUUGCUCUGGCCAUGAAAGUUACUCUUAUGAACAUCAAUUACCAGUCUUUUAACAACUUCAUGCUUCGCAUUGGCUUGAACAAAGGGGCAGUUCUGGCUGGAGUCAUAGGGGCUCGAAAGCCUCAUUUUGACAUCUGGGGCAACACUGUAAAUGUGGCCAGUCGCAUGGAGUCUACAGGGGUGAUGGGAAAUAUACAGGUGGUGGAAGAUUGCUACAGCAUCCUAAAAGACUAUGGCUUCCGUUUUGUAAGGAGGGGACCAAUUUUUGUGAAGGGCAAAGGAGAAUUGCUCACUUAUUUCCUGAAAGGACGGGAAAAACAGGGUUCCUUCAUCAAUGGCUCCUCUGUCACACUGCCUCACCAGGUGGUGGACAGUUCUUGACCAACAGGCAUAUAAAAGCCACAAUCACAUGACAUUCAUAAUUCUCUUGAUAAUUCUCCUCAUGCACUAUACACACAAAAACUAAGACCUCCUUAAACAAAAUCUUUGUGUUACAGACUGAGAGGAAAGUAGACCUCAAAAUUGUGGGAAAAAAUUUGAUUCCCUCUGGUCACACUAGAGAAAUACAGGGUUAUGUUGAACUUAGACCUUUUCAAUUAAUGAAUGAGUAAAUGAAUGAAUGUUCAAAAAUAAUUUUUAUGCUCAGUCAGUAAAUAUUGUUUAAGUGUACUCUUGUGAUUAAGCCAGACAUGGAGUACUCACAGUGGAGAUAAACAUUCUCUACAACACUGAAUAUUACACAAUAGAAUGCUUUUAAAUUUGAGAAAUGGCUCCUCUGUAAGUAUUUAUCAUAAAUUCUGUUGUAAGUCUAUAGUUUAUUUAAAUGCUUUUUGGAAUUGAGUAAGUUUUAAAAUGUGGACAAGGAAGCUCACUGAUAGCAAAGCUGCUAUUGUGUGUGCAGAUGCGUGCAUGUAAAAGUGUGUGUGCUUUCUCACCUGCUGUCCCCAACAUGUGUGUAUCUACCCCUUUUUAUUUCAGUGAUUUUGAACUUCACAGCCAUUUCCAACUAAUCUGCACCCCCCUCCCCCAAUGAAAAUGAAAAAUGUUUUACAUGUGUCAUAUGUAAGUGCUAUCAUUACAUGUCCUGUGUGUAUGCUAAUCUGGGGUGUCUGAUGUUUCACUGUGAGCAGGUUAAAUGCAAGUGUCUGUGUACAUGUACUACAUGCAAGUGCAUUUAGGUUAAGACUUUUUGGCAGUAUUGGAAGAAUGGGUGUUUCUUAGCUCAAAUUUCAUCCCCCCUAAAGUCUUUCCUAAAAGAUUAGAUGAAUGUGCAAUAGUUUAUUCUUUUACAAUGCUCUGGUCUACAAUACCAUUUGCAAAAAACAUUCUCCCUGUAAGUCAUAUUUUUAUAUUAUGAUUGUAUAUGUUUCAUUUUAGCUAAAGAGUAUUGUGUAGUGUGAGCAGAUAUAGCACUGGAGUGGUGAGGCGGAAUACACUUCUCACAGUUUCCUCUGUUAACUUAUUGCAGAUGUCAGGGAUAUUGUAUGAAAAACCACACUCAGCAUUGCAGUUGUUGUUUCUGAAUCCCCAUAUGUUGUAAUGGAUUAUGAAGGAACAGUACAGGAAUUGGUCUUUAUGGACUGAUGAAGAAUUUUACUGACGUUUGAUUUGUAUUUUUGAAAUAUCCUUAGAUAUGGAAUAAAAUGGCACUUUGAAUGAACUGUAGAUGUCUCUUGGUUGUAACCUCCUUGUACUUAAUGUAAUACAGAACUUAUUUGCAAUGUGUUAAUGACAUAUUUAAAAGAAACCACAUUAAUGUAUUUUUUAGUUGAAAAUAAAAAA